AUGACUCGUGUGAACGUCUUGUCUGAUGCCCUCAAGAGUAUUACGAACGCUGAGAAAAGGGGAAAGCGCCAAGUCAUGAUACGCCCAGCGAGCAAGGUAAUCAUCCGAGUGCUGCGGCUGUUGCAACGCGAAGGGUACAUCGGCGACUUCACCUUCAUCGACGAUCACCGCUCAGGGAAGAUCGUGGUUCAGCUAAUUGGUCGCUUGAAUAAAGUGGCAGUCAUUUCUCCGAGAUAUGACGUCGCGAUAAGAGACUUGCAGAAGUGGUGCGACGCUCUGCUCCCGUCAAAGCUGUUUGGGGGUCUGAUCUGCACGACCAGCUCGGGAAUCAUGAACGACGCAGAGAUGCGACGCCGCCACGUCGGCGGUAAACUGAUUGGUUUCUAUUACUGA